GGAACAUUCCAUCAUACAUAUAUCGACCACCAACGCCAACCCGAGUCCACAUAUCUCGUCCUAUUUUAUUAGAGAAUUUUCCAUUCAGAGGGCUAAACGAAUCUUCCGGCACAUUGCAAGGCAGCUGAGUGGGGAGAUGUGCCUCAUUGAGAAAUUUACCGACGUGUAUCCGAUGGAGAUUCGGACGAGAAAAAUAACACACAGGUGCCUGUUCAGUGAUGGUAGAGGUACCUGUCGCCGCACUCGCGUCCAUGACCGUGGCGAGUUCUACCAUGCGCGGCGAGUCGAACCCAAAGAUCCACCGAGUAUGACCUCGCCGAGAUACCAUACAAUUGCGCCAGUGGAGGCAACACGUCCAAGAAAACCUAGAGAUUCAAAUCGACCGUUUGGGUUCAGCAUACCUCCGUUUAUAAGGAGGGAUUCUGAACCGGAUGCGAGCCGCAACGGCCCCAGAGGUCGAGGGAGGUCUCAUCGAUCAUUUGUGGUCGAAUCCCCAGACAUUAACCUCGAAUACCGAUGUCCUCGGUGGCCAACCUCUGCCUCAAGAAUAAGGUCUGCUUCACCACGAAUAAGGUCUGUUUCACCACGAAUAAGGUCUGUUUCACCACGAAUAAGGUCUGUUUCACCACGAAUAAGGUCUGUUUCACCACGAACUAGAGUUGCACCCCUUCCUGAAAGCCAGAAGCAGCCUUAUAGCCCUGGCUUUCCCCCUCCGGACAACCAAACACAGCAUACGCCUCAAGAGCCCCGACAGCCAAGGGAGCGGACUCCGGUCGCUGAGCGUGUGCCUUUGAGACGGAGACAAAGUUCACCUCCUCGCAGAGUGGAGGUUCAUAAUGAUCGACCUGACCAUAGAUCCUCCUUAAGCUCUAGCCGUGGUAACGGUUUAACAAAGAAGGCGGAAGGUCGGCAAGUUCACUUCUCCAGCGAUAUCGAGUACGUCGACGACACCGAACAGUCAGAAAUCGGGCCCGAAAAUGGGCAGAAAAUAUUACAUCCACACCGAGAACAAUCGCGUCGCAUCAACCCUUUCACAAAACAUAAACAGGAGGAUUUUGAGAAUGAAGCAAGUUACCGACUGAAAUCGAGAGGAACAACUUCAAGCUUCCGAGUACGCCCCGCCUCUUCUGAAAGAAUAAGGGGGGCACCGAGAGCCCAUACAACCAAUGACACGCGCUGUGAUCGACCACGUAUCAUCCAAGAUGGUCGUCGUCAGAUUUCAGAAGCAGGCGAACGUAUUUGCGAGGAAGCCCGGCAAAGACAGAGCCGUGAGGAUUUUCGUCGUGACUUUCCCUCGCAGGCUAGUCAUAGAAGACAGAGCCGAAGAUCUGAUCGUUUUCAGUCAUUCAACUCGGGUGAUGAGAGAAUAGUCUAUGACAAGGGUCCCCGUCGCCAUGGAUGGCGAUGGCCAUGAAUCGCCAGGCUUAGCCAAGACACCACAAUAUUGGCGUUGUAUUUUGACUGGUAUAGAAUACCUUAUCUGCGUUGUAAUUGUUUUCUGGUUUCGGUGAGUGCAUUUCAAUGGUACUUAUCAACAGCAUAGUGGUGUACGGCGCUUAGUUUUUUAUGUGCAAGGAUAUAGAAUACCCAAGUUUAACAAUCGCCAUCUUUUAACUGUUUUUUUGGGGGGUGGGGGGUGGGUGAAGUGUAGGCUUUUGGUA